GGCAUUUAAAUAAAAAAAAAAAAAAAAUAUAUUAAUUUAUAAUGUUAUUUUAGAUUCACCGGUAUACUAUAUCCAAACCAAUGAUUUUUACAAACACCUGGAGAAUAAUUUUAAUUUACUCGAUCGAAUGGACACAUCAGACUUACCACCAGAUCAUCCGUGUUACAUUGCCAAACGAAAGGAAAUCCCAUGUUUGUUCUCCGAUGAGACGAAUGGACUCGUUAUGACACAUUUUUGUACUCUCCGCGCAAAGUCUUAUGCAUAUAGGAUCAAUGGCAAAGAGAAUAUCAGGGCAAAAGGAAUCCGUGGUCAUGUAGUGAAAAACCACAUGAACUUUAAAGAUCAUUAUCGCUGUCUCUUUGGAGAUGUAACCUUGGAUACGAAGACGGAAAAUGUCUUAAUCCAUUCAUUCAAACAUCAAUUGAAAACCAUUAAAUCGAGCAAAGUAACUUUAAUAGUUUCGAUGAUAAGAGGGUUAUACUUGAGAAUAAAGUACAUACCCUGGCUCAUGGACACUACUCCACUGAGGAAGCCGAUACACUAGCUGAGCAAGAUGAAUUAAUGCAACUUCAGAGCUGAACAUAUAGUUUUUAUUCUAAAAUAGAUUUUGAAUUGUAGAUAUUUAAUUUUUGUAAAAUAUCUGCAGGGAUAUUAUUUUUUUUUAUUUUGUAAAGUAUUCCUGUAGAUAUUGUAGGUAGAUAUUAAGUUAGUAUAGGUUAGGAUAAAUAAAAAACUCUUUAGUAAAAUAAAUAUGGUAUUCAUUUAUUUUCAAAACAUUUCAACAAUUAUUUACAAACCAUUUUCUUGUAGCAAAAACUUUAUAAAAUGUACAUUGUUUAGGAUUAAACUCCAUAUGAAAAAAAAGCAGGGUAUAGAGUUUCGUUAUCGCAUAUUAUAUCCAAACGAGGACAAGCCAAGCCUUCAAUGUUAAUGAGUGCGACGUGUGGUAUACUGAGUGAUUCUUUUAUCAAACAACACUCAUUAGGUAAUUCUAUAACUAGUUGAUGAUAAUUACGUUCCAGCCACUUAUUAGUUUUUCGACUCUUGUUGUCCUGCAUAAAUUUAGAAUGUUAAAAAUCCAAUGUUGGCUUACCCAUGUUUCCGUGUCUACGAUAGACAUUUCUUUUAUCAUGUAUUUAUUGUCCAUUCCAAGAAUGCACUGUAUAUCGACGAUGGCUGAAGCCAUUAUGAUUAGUACUUUAGGAAUUUUUUUUCAACUUGUCUGUUAUAAUAUGUUGUAACGACGCGUCAAUUUUUAUCAGGUACUCUAAUAAUAGUGAUUGAAGUAUAGCAGUUUGUUCUUCUUGUAAUUAACUUGAAUUAAGAUUUUCUUCAAGUAAAUGCUCGAAUUUAUCUAGUUUAUUCGAAAAUGAUUUGAUGUCUUGUUCGAGAUUUGUCACAAAUUUAUUUGUUGUACUAUACUCCGGCCCACGAGAGAGUAUUUCCGUUUUGCGCAUGCAGACUGAUGGCGGAGAUCGUUCCGAGGCCCCAUUUCCCCCACAAUUUCCACGACCGCUAUACACCAUAUAGCGUUGAGCGCAGCCGACCGUUACCGAACAGCUAUCGGCAAUGCCGAGUAGUGGGGAAUGCGCGGAAUCAGACGAGUUUUCGUCGGGCGACGGCAAUACUCUCUCGUGGGACGGAGUAUAGCCUGCGUACUUCCGAACACGUUCAUGUCUAUAGCUCGACUGACACUAUUUUAUAAUGUCCGUCGCAUUUAUCCAACUAUUGUGUGUAUUAUCGAACCCUAAACAUUUUACAAACGUUUGCUUCCCCUUUCUACGAAUAAUUUUUUCAACUAAAUAAUCGUUUGGGCGAUUGAUUUUUUGAAUUUCCUCAGAGUAGAAACAGCCUGCAAUUGGUUUUCCAGUAUAAUCUUGUAGUUGAUAAUUAGUGGGAGAAGUUUUAUUUAUUUUGAUAAUUUAAAAUAUUUCUGUGGACCAGCUCGGUAAAUAACCUUUUGUAAAUACCCCUUUAUAUGUGCUUAUCCUUACAUUAUCACCAAUAUUAAAUUUAAUUUUUACAUUAUUAAUUUGACGUUGUUUUGAUUUCACUGACGAAGGAUUUGUAUCAGCUUGCACUGGUGUCAUACCUAUAGUUCUAUGUUUUGAAUUAUUAUAUUCGUUUAUCAGAGAUUGUAAACCCAUUCAUGUGAUCCUUGUACAGUGAACUCUAUACAUUUUUCCUUUAAUUGUUCUGUUCAGACGUUCAACGAUGCAAGCUUUCCUUGUACUAUACGUUGAAUAUUUGUGUAUAUUGUGUUUCUUCAUCAAUGCGUCGAAUGUUGAAUUGUAAAAUUCUUUACCAUUAUCGACUUGUAAAAGUUUUGGUGAGCGCUUGAGUAGUAUUUUUUACAUUGCAUUUGAAACUUCUUUAGCCAAUUUACACUUUAAAGGUAUGGCGAACGCCAAUUUUGUAAAUGCGUCAAUCACAAUCAGGAAAUAUUUAUAACCACCAUUAAUCUUUGAAUAAGGAAUCAUUUCAACCAAAUCGGAUUGCCAUAGAUCGUUUUUACCCUUCACCUCGUAUAAUUUUUUCUGGCAGGUUUGUGUAGAUCGAUUGCUAUAUCGCGUUUAGACAUUUGGAAUACGUUUUAUUAAACCCGCUUCAUACAAUUCUUCGUAAAUUGAAAUUAUUUCGUUGGAAAGCCCUGUAUUACCAGCAGCUUGAGAAGCUAAUAGUUGUCGUAAACGAUCGACUAACUCAGUAGGAUCAUUCCAGUAAACUAAACUUUUAUUUUGUAAUUUCAUAGAUAGCCCACUACCCGAAAAUGGGAACAAUGGUUUGAUUAUAUCAGUGAUGUCAAAUGAGCUGAUGUUUAAAUUAAUAUGCGCUUAUAUACGUUUAGAUCGUCUGUGGUAUAGAUUUUCGGAGUUUUCGAAAUUAUUAAACUAACAAGUCUUUGUGUCCAUAGCCCCCCCCCCCCCCAAACAUUUCCUACAUUUUGUUUUAAGCUUAUUCAAUAUUAUCAAAGUAAGGCUUUAGCCCCCCCCCAAAUCCCAAACGCUAUUUGCGCCUAUGUACCUACUGCAGGUGUAUUUCACAUGUUAAACAUUUUACGUAGGAAUAUUAUUUAAUUUGCAUUUUAUAUUUGUAUAAACAAACAAAGAUUAAAAUUAAAAUGCCUAAAGUAAAGAUGCCAUGUUUGGACCGAUUUCGUGAAUACGUAAGAGAAUACGGUAGUGAUGUGUUUUCUACGGAUGGUCAAAUUUUAUUUUGUAAAGUAUGUGAGGUGGAAGUUGCCGCUGACAAAA